AUGACUCUAUCAGGCAAGGAGCUUUGCCGGGAUCUACUGCCCACCGAAGUCACCGAGUUCGCCAAGUACAUCGACUACACGCGCUUGUUGCGAUUUCGGGACAAACCUGACUAUGGGUACCUUCGCACCCUUUUCUGUAAUCACUUUCAAUCUGAGGGUUUCAAAUACGACAACGUCUUUGAUUAG